CCUUCCAUCUGCCCCGCCGCCACGAUCUACGCCGCCACAACUACGCCGCUACAUCCUCCGCACAAGGCCGUCCCAUCCACGUAGGGCACGGGCUGCCACGACCUCUGUCCGCGGCUGCCCCAUUCACUCCGGCAAUGCAACACCAAGACCUCAGCCCCCCGACCGUGCCUGGCCCCCAUCCACGCCAGCGAAUCGGCGCGGCUCGCCGGCGGCGGAUGCGCAAGAUCGGUGCCGUGCCGGUGACCUCAUGGUCGCGGGCGGCUAUGGCAGCUCGGCCGUCGUGGUCCGCUCAACGGCGCCCUCCUCGUGGUCGAACUCCACCUUCGUCGGCGCCAUCACUAACGACCCGUGCAACGUCAGCGUGCUCGUGGUGGGCGGCCUCAUCGUCCCCUACGGCUUCGACAUCGCCGCGACUGUCUCCAACAGCCACCGGUCCCCCGCAGGCAACAUCACUCGCGUCCUCACCGAAGCCCGGGGGUUCAAUGUGGCCGCCUCCUUGCUCGAGGCCUCCGGCGUCACGGAUGACUUCGAGGCCGAUGAGCGCGGCGCCCGCAUCACCAUCUUUGCCCUCCUCGCGCAAGGCACCUCCCUGCACGCAACCAGCAAUGCGGGUGUAUGCACCCUCGACCCGUUCGAAGAAAUGCCGGACCACGACGGUCACAAUGAUGGCCCUGUACACUGGAAUUAAAAAGGUGCGUGCUGGUGGAUGCUUUUGAUUUGUGGCUACCCUGCUUUGGAUGUGCAUACCUAUGUCUUCAAAAUCGUCUGGAUCACCUGCUGUAACGUGGAUCACUUGUUAUCUGAAAGUUGUGAAUUAGCGGUACUAAUUGUGGAAUGUGGAGGCCUGUACCAAAUUACUGACGAAAAACGCGUUGGUGCUAUGGUAUAAGAGCAUGGCUGAGGAAACAUUCAUGCUCGGAAUCAUAGGCACGGAGAUGUUGUGGUCCAAGGUUCAAGUGAAGGAAGAGGAUUAUCGUACGAGAGAGAACAGUGGAACAUGAGAAGUGCCUUGCGUGAUCCAUGUGCUUGGGUCAUCCCGGUGCUCCUCUAUUCCUCCUCUGCUCAGCGACGUGGUCACUGCUGUGCUGCUGGAUGGUGGAAGCUGGUGCUUGACUGUGGGGGCACAGCAGAACCACUCCUCCAGCUGCCACUGCUGUUACCUCGUGCGACCGCUGCUAUUGAUAGGUACAUUCUUUUAUUCGUAAGUAAAGCCAUUGUCAAAACCAACAAUUUGCAUCAUCACUGAGCAUGAUUGCUACAUAAUUAGCAUGAGAUCUUUAGACAUGUGAAUGUCCAACUGCCAUUGUCAACGUGACAGUGAGAAGAACAUCGUUAUAGAGUAUCUUCCAAGUUAGAGAUGGCAUCCUGCAAGGUGUGGGCGUUCGUCAAGCUGUCGCGGGAGUCCGUCGUCAUGCUCUUCAAUAAGAUUUUGUACCUCUUCAUGCUCAUUGUCCUGACAAGCGACAUCCAAUAUGGGUAGAUUUUUGUUCAUUCACUGAGUAUCUGGUACUUACUGGCUACUCUUAUUACUUGACUGCUGAGCUCACAAUCAGAACGGCAAUUUGAUGAGAACAUUCUGAAGUAACUAAAUAAGCUUCCUUCCCUUUUAUUCUACAUGCUUUGAAUACUAACUAUAGCUGACAAAGCACUUUUUCAGCAUGUUCAUAGAGGCAUCGAAAGGUAUGCUCUCCAUGUCCCUCGAUGCUGCUAUCAGGUUAGAUUAGUUAAAGCUACACAUAAUAACUUUUGCUCUUUGCUCUAAUUCUCAUCUUGUUGAGGAUUAAUUUCUUGGCAAGCAGUUUGAUCAGAUAACUCUUUGUAGUGGUAGAAUUUCCCAGUCAAAUUUUUUUUCCUUUAUCCCCAAGGAUAAGUUGGAGUAUAAAAUUGAAAUCUGAAAUUGAAGUGGAUAUUGUUAGGCAGCGCAUAUUGUUGUAGAUCUAUGCCUGCAUGCACUAUGCACCAUUUCAUUCAGGCAGAUUGGAUGUAACAUAAAUUUAUUGUAACAUCCAGAAAAAUUAGCAAGCUAGCUCAAAAUACAUGGAUAUGCUAUUGAGUUAUCGGUUGUGAAAUAUUUGAAGCUGCCCAAAAGAGAAAUAGAGGUUCAGAGCCAUCACCCACUCAACCUGCAGAGAGUUGCAUGGGGAAAACUACCUUUAAUAUACAAGAGUUCCUUCUUGCACCUACACUAUAAAAAUAGGGAUAUGAAAGACAUUAGAUCAUAGUUCACUGAACAUUGUUUUACUCUUUGCUCCAUGCUAUUUAAAUUACAUAUUAUAGCAAUUAAAAUAUUCCUACGUGUCUGGCUAUGUCUUGCCUUGCUACUUGGGCGCCAUCGAUGUCCGUUUAUCGGUUUCUAUGCAGAUAAACAGAGCAAAAUACGUCAAGUGUCAUAAUAUUUGUACCUACUACUGAUACAUGAUUUUUUUUGCUGAAGCUCUCAAAGGUGUAGCAUGCAAGCUUUAUAAUAUAGGUUUGAUUUCAGAGUUGAUCUGUGGAUUAUGAUUGUAACUUGGUUCAUUUCUGCGACUGGAGUGACUGAACACAUGCAGCCCUGCAGGUGGACACCUCGAAACAGAUACCUCAAUGUCCUGGCAAGUUCUACUCCUGAAAUCAGCGUCUGUGGCUUGAGCAAAUGUCAUCGGCAUCCGGUGGUAGAUUUUUAAUAUAUCUUGUAUAAUGUAUGUAACCUGCUAAUUUUGCAAGGCAGUUUCUGAAAUGUAACUUCAAAUGACUUCCUUUCA